CCUCUCCUCCUCAACACCCUCACCCUCACCUCCUCUCAGGCCAUCGCUCGCUUCGCCUAUUCACUAAUGGAAGGGCCCGAUGACGUUCCCUUAGACCCCACCCCCGCCUCUCUCGUCCGCAACCUCUGGCUCGGGCCCACCAGCAGCAUCGACCAGAACGACCUCGACUACGGCUCCAACGCUUGGCCCAUCACCCUCAUCCACCAGAUCCUCACCCGCUGUACCGCCCUGCGCGCCCUCGCCGUCGUCUGCAUAGGCCAAGCCCGCUGGUACCGCCUCACCGGGGUCAUCCCCGUCUCUGUCACCUCGCUGUGGCUCGGGCCCGUCCACGGCGAACUCGACUACAAGCAUCUGCCCUGCGCCCCCAACCUGCGAUACUUGACGAGCCUGGACACGUUCAUGCUCGAUACCGAGGUCCGCGACCUCGUUCUGUCCCCGAGCAUCUCUGUGCUCAGGAGAGUGUACUCGUCUGCGGACCGCGUCACGCUAGCGUUCGACCAGCUCGAGUGCGUGCAGAGGGCGACGGUGCUGGAGAGGUUGGACAUAGUGUGUUGUGGGGAGACGGAGGAGGAGGCGAAGGGCGUGCUGGAGGAGACGGCGAACAGGUACGAGUUUGAUCGAGAUCGUGUUGCGUUGGUGCCCGUAUCGUCGUAUUGCGAUGGGAGGCGCGAUGUCAUUGCAGUCCUCUUCGGAGACUGGGCUGCACAUAUUCGUCGUUUGUGAUCGCCACAGGUAUCUUUGGCUGCUGUUUUGUCAGAUGGGCAGAGAGGUGUACACUAGGUCUUGUACAAACACGAUGUUAUCAUGGAACCAUCCUAUAUGAUCAUCAUGCCAC